UAUUUUUUAACACAACAAAUCUGUUUAAAAAGAUAGUAUAAAAUCUUAAUUAAAUUAUUUUUUGUAUCACAUUUAUCAGCGUCUUAUAUAAGCACAUACUAUAUAUAUUAUAUAUAUACAUUUAAAUAAUAUACAUUAUGUCUGAUAAUAUACAAUGAAUUUUUUAUAUUUAUGUCAGUAAGAAUGGCAUAAUGAAAGAAUUAUGAAGUAUCUGGGUGGGGAAGCCUUGAAAACUAACUUUUGAGUCUUGAUAAUGGCCAUUAAGCAACAUAUUUAUACCAGUAACUCGUAUAAAUUUCAAAAGUAUACUACAAUCUACUUUAGAAAAGCAUUCACGACCGUGGCAAAAUGUGGAAAGUUAUUUAUAAAAUGUUUAUCGUAUUAUCUUUGUGGUUUCUACUGGCAAACGAUAUAACGAAUGCCGAAAGAAUACUCGUGAUUACGCCUGCACCUUUUUAUAGUCAUCAUGUAGUUUUCCGAGCGUUGUGCUUAGCCUUAAAUAAACGUGGACAUGAACUAACCGUGAUAACUCCACAACCAAUAAAAGAUUCGACAUUAAAAAAUUAUACAGAAAUUGGUUUGGAUUUACAUGAAAUAAACAAAUACUACUAUUUAGUAUCACAACUGCCGAUGAUCGAAUUCCUCAAAUUCUUUUGGAAGUUAUCACAUCAAGUAAGCAUAAAAAUAUUUGAAGACCUAAAAUUUAAAGAACUCUACAGACACGAUAGCAAUGAGAAGUUCGACGCGGUUAUUCUAGAAUCACUAGGUUGUAUGUCACUAUCUACUAUGGCGUAUAGAUUUAACGCUCCUCUUAUAGGAAUUAUAUCUGUGAACAUACACAAUUACCAUCGAUAUAUUUUUGGUAGUUCUAUAUAUCCAUCGCAUCCUUCAAACUGGGAAUUUAAUAUACUACCUGAAGAAAAUCCGUCGAUUUGGCAAAGACUGUGGAACUUUAUCGACACGUGGUGCCUUAUUCAUUAUUGGAUUAAUAAUUACAUAACAGUGGAGCAGGAAAUCGUUAAAAAAUAUCUCGGAAACGAUAUACCAUACAUCGUCGACAUAAUGAAGAACAUGAGUGUGAUGUUAGUCAAUGAGAACCCGAUACUUGCAUACCCCAGACCCGAACAGCCAAACGCAAUAUUUUUUAACGGUAUCCAUAUACAAAAAACACCACCAUCUUUACCAAAAGACUUAGGACAAUUCCUAGAUGACGCGAUGGAAGGAUUUAUUUACGUGAGCUUUGGAACUAUUACCACUUGCCAUGAUUUACCGAAAGAAACGCUGAAGAACAUUGUUGAAGUGUUUUCGAAGUUACCUUAUAAAAUAGUUUGGAAAUUCGACUGCGAGUUGCCGGAAAAGCUCGAUAAUGCAUUUAUCUCAGAAUGGUUUUUGCAGCAAGGCGUACUCGGUAAAAUUAAAACUCAUCCGAACAUCAAGCUGUUUAUUUAUCAAGGAGGGGCCCAAAGUACUGAAGAAGCUGUCCAUUACGCGGUUCCAAUCUUAGGAAUUCCGACUAUGUCCGAACAAGAAAAUCGAGUUCGACGAUUGGUCUCGUUGGGUGCGGCAAUAUAUAUUAAAUUUAACGAAUUAACCAAGGAACGUCUUGAUAGUGCUAUUUAUCAAAUCCUCAAUGAUAAAAGUUACAAAGAAAAGAUGAUGUACCUAAGUUCUCUCUUCAAGAAUCAACCAUAUAACAGCACUGAAAAUUUAAUAUGGUGGGUAGAAUUCGUGAUGCGUCACAAAGGGGUAAAUCAUCUUCGAUUUAGUGACAGCGAUAAACCAUGGUAUCAACGUUACGAUAUAGAUAUUAUUGCGUUGCUCGCCACGGCAUUAUUUAUAAUCGAAUGCGUAAUAGCACUAACUAUUAUCCAAAUUAUACGUUUUACCUUAAACAAUAUUGUUUAAGAUACUUUCUUGCCGUUACUAAAUCGUUAAAUCUUAAAUUAAUUUUUCGUAAUAAAAAUAUUAUCGUAAUACGUAAGCAACAUUUUUAUUCCAUGUA